AUGGUUUCCAAACUACUUCUCCUUGCCGCCCUCAGCGGCGUAAAUGCAACUCCGCAGCAGUCGCUAUGUGACAAAUACACCGUCGCCCUCCUGAAGGACAACACUGCCGCCAACCAGUACACACUGCUGCAGCUCGUCGUCAACACAGUCGUUAUUGGCAACUACACGCAGCCCAACGUCGGCAUCGCCGUCCCUGGCAUCCUUGCUCCUGCUACCUACGGGGGCGAGGCCGUUGACCUACUGCCUUAUUUCAACGGCUGCCUCAAGUCUUCCAACCGUGGCCAUCCUGUGGCCAUCAACUUCCUCGAUGGCGGUGGCGCAGCCUCUGUCAUAGAUGGCAGUCUCCUUCAGAUGACGAGCACCAAUCAAUACAAGCUCUUCACUCACCUCUACGAGUUCUUCGGGACCCUCCUUGGAUGUUCAAUGCAAGGCAUGUCUGGCUUUCCGGCAUACGCUGGGCAGCCUGGCAUGUUUCAGGUCCACAAAUACAUGAGCCUCGAUCCCAACGAGGUCGGCUACUUCAUCUCCCAAGUAGGCGCCGCAGCCGCCUCCUUCGGCGUCAGUGCCGCCGACGUCCAAACCGUCGCCGGCCUCCUAAGCGCCACGUUCAACGUCGCAUGCGCCCCUGCCCAGGCUCUCGUCAAUGGCGACAGCGAGUUCCAGAGCAUCUGCGACCACAAGGAUUGCCCCAAGGCCCCCAACGCCGUCUGCUAUAAGUAUGAACAUUACGGAUUCUUCCCAGAGCCUAAAAGCGUGGGGGGUGCUAGUUGUCCGGCUAGUGGCGACUAUGGCGGCGGUGGGGGCUAUGAACAUCGGGAGUGGUAA